AUCCUUCUGAAGGGAAUUGUCGAGUGAUGAGGGAGGAGCAGUCACUCGCUUCAGCGAUUGAAUUGUUAAUGUUGGUGGCAGGCAGCGGUACAUGUAACCGCGAGUAGGCUGCUUGAUUUGACGGCAUUCGGUCGAAGGAGGAAGGAGGUGAAGGAGGAGGAGACAGGGGUUCGUUCGUGUAGUGCGAACGAGAAUGUAUUCACGCUCCGUUGCGUGCAAUUUGUAGGUCGGUUGUUUCUCUACGCCCUCGUCCUGCGUCUGAAAUCUGGGGACGAGGUUUUCUCUACGCUUUCUGGAUAAAGAAAAGGCCGCCGCGUUGGAGAACGAGACUCUUCGAGCGCGUGGAGUUUGCUGGCAUCACGAGAAGCAAACCCAGGUGCAGAUACGGAUUGGUUUUAUUUCUGAAGAGCUUUCAGUCAGGCUUUUUCUGCUGCUCAUCGCUCAUCGUGAUGACAUGUCGGAUGGAGGUCUUCUCGCGUUGAUCUUGAGCUGUCGAUUUAGCGGUUUGAGACAGAGACGGAUAGAGGAGUUGCGGAAGCCUUUGUGUUUCUGGGUAACCAAGUAGGUAGUAGGACUAUUUGGUUUCAUCACUUCGGUGAUGAAUGACCAACGGCUUGUACAGAACUGCGUGCCGUUUUUUCUGUCAUUCGUUGCGGCCUUGUACAUUACAAUUUUGGAAGAUCAUGUUCAUGAAAUAAGAUAACAUGAUCAGUGGAGCCAUGAGGGUGCCAACUUCAGUCGAGGAAAUACUUUUUGCACCAUUCGAUAGUGAUCGCAGUCUCUCAGUUGCAUCCGUGAGGUGCGCAAUCGUUGAGUUCAAGAGAGGUACUUUUUAUGCAAAAUGUGAGUUAAUGACGAAUUCCACAAGGAUCCUACAGAGCUAAAGCCUUGGCAAUGUGAGCUACCGACAAGGGCAUUUGCGAAUCCAGGGUCGUGUGCUGACGUGGACAGGGCACUCGUGUCUCUGGACGUUUGGUGGGGAUUCAGAAUGGCGGACAUUGUUGGAGAACAACUUGUUGUCGACCAUGGGAUUCGAGGGGCGGAUGUUUCUUUGGUAGCCAUGCUUACACUUCUGAUGGCAGUGGUCACAGGUUUAGGUGCGACACCAUUUUUCUUUAUGAAAGUUGAAGCUCAGUAUGCUGGAAUCUGCAACGGCAUAGCUUCGGGCGUCAUGCUGGCAGCCAGUUUUGAUCUUAUACAGGAAGGACAAAAGCACGGAGGGGGAACCUGGGUGGUUGUCGGUAUUCUUUUUGGUAGUUUUUUCAUAUUUUACUGUCAAAAGGUGUUGGACAAGUACGAGGAUGUGAAGAUGAUGGAACUGAAGGGCGCGGAUGCUCGCAAGAUGGUGCUGGUGAUCGGUAUCAUGUUUCUACAUUCCCUAGGUGAGGGUGCAGGUGUGGGAGUAUCUUAUGCAGGUCCGCAGGGCCUUCCUCAAGGACUGGUCGUGAGUAUAGCCAUUGCGGUUCAUAAUAUCCCUGAGGGCAUGGCAGUGUGCAUGGUAUUAACUUCAAGAGGUGUCCGAGCUCAUCAUGCUAUGCUUUGGAGUAUAUUCACCUCAUUACCACAACCUUUGGUGGCAGUUCCAGCUUUCGUCUGUGCGCAGGCCUUUCAGAAGUUCUUGCCGCUGUGCAUGGGGUUCGCAGCCGGUUGCAUGGUGUGGAUGGUCCUAGCUGAAGUCAUCCCUGAAAGUUUUAAAGAUGCAUCGCAUUCACAAGUGGCUUCAGCAGCUACACUAUCAGUAGCUUGCAUGGAAAUUCUCAGCACAACAUUUCAAGACAUUGACAAGUUUUCAGGAAUGCAGCUCGCAAUAUCAGCAAAGGCAGCGAUAUUGUUCGGUUUGGGACACAUUGUAGGUGGUCUGGUGCUUUUGUUUGUUUUGAAGACCACUAGAUUACCAUCCUUGCUGUUGAUCGGCAUUGGAUGUGGUAUCGCCUUCGUGCUUGCCUCAUGGCCACCGCUGCAGUUCUGGCUUCAAGGAGAUGUGGGAUUCUUCUCAACAAUGGCGCUUCUUGUGGCUGGAGCUCUACUUUUUAGUGUUGCAGGAAGAUUCCUUCUGGAUACUGUCUCCGCUUCGGAAUACAAGGAAAGGAAGAAGGCACAGAGUGGCCUGAUCGACAUGAGGAGUCCCUUGCGUAGAACUUCGUUACUAGCCACUAUUUGUAUGGGAUUGUAUGUACUGGGCGAAGGCCUUCUUUUGGGCGUGGUAAUUGCGAAACCAUCCACAACAAUCGGGCACCCUCUUUUGGCAGCCUUUUUUCACAGUUUUUCAGGAGGUGUAGUUGUUACGACCACUAUCUUUGGUGGAACUAAUAGCUCAGGUGCUGCUCUGCUAGGACUGUUAAUUACAGGAUGUCUUGGCUCUAUAGGUGCAAGUUGUGCAAGCUUUGUCCCUCUGACUUUGGUAGAAUUUUUUGAAAACUGGAUGGUAGCGGUCUGCGGAUGCGUUUUCGCCGCUUUUGGGUUUUCCUUGCUGCGUCAGGCGUUGGGUGUAGACUCGAGAAAGAUCGUAGUCGGAGCUUCCGCAGGGUACAUUGUCGCACUUGUUUGUCUCUUUGCAUGUAGGAUGUUAUCCCCUGAGUUUUGACAUUUAGGAGUCAAGUAGGUAUGUUCCUAUUUGCGUUAGUAUUUGCUUGCAUGAUAGCCUGGACAUCAUAGACGCCCUGGCUGAGCUGGCUUAAAACUUCGAAGGUAAUUUUUAUCCAUUCGAAAGUCGCUAAUCAGGAGGGUUCCAGACGUACUUGGAUUGCAGAUUUAGACCACUGUAUUCCAAGCUUCAGAAGGUAGAAUCAAGUUACUUUUCAUUUUUCUUCUUUUUAGAACUUAGAAGAGGCUUUUUAAAGCAGAAAAGAUCUAGAAAGAAGUUUAAUGAAGAGAGUGAAACGAAGGAUCUAGGUCUGGUAGAUAGAUACAGAAGCGCCGCGACCAGUUGUUAUACUAGGAGUGACUAGCGAUCGGACCUCGAUGAGCACCGAAUAUUAGUCACCAAAAACCUGGAUCACGUUCAUGUCGUGAGUGUCCUGAUUCUUUUCUCAAAUCUCCUCUUGACUCCCCUCGAUCCAUUGUUUAUCUUAUCAAUUCCGAUUUGAUAAUCCUUGUACAUUACUAUGUCGAGAAAAUUUAUGGUCACGUCUUGCCAGAAGAUCUAUGGCCACGUCUCUGUUCUUCAGACGUGAGAUUCGAGUCUUGAGCUACCUUGUCUUUUAAUGCUACUUUACUUGACACUACAUCUAUGAAGUGUUCCACCUUGGAGGUUGCAUCAGAUAGGUGAAGCAGUGUACUUCAUCAUAGUUUGAGUAUUUGUUCAAGUCAAAAAGCUUAAGUGUCAACGAGGAAAUAUUUCGUAGUAAUUCGAUAUUGGCAACCCCAAGAGAGUCUUUGAGGAAAUUAAUUUUUCCUUGCAUUGGAAGGAAGAUCAUUACAUCAGAAGAUUGUGAAACUUAUCGAAAAGUACAAUCCGAGAAGCAGAGAUGUUGGGAAUUCUGCUAAUGAGCAAAGGUAUCACUU